UCACAUCGCUGGCAGGGGGAGAAGAGCCAACCAGCAGACGAAGGAGGAAAGAGGAAGUAGAAACAUCAGCACUAACGCGGAGGAGAGCGAGUAAAUGAGCUACCGAGAGAGAACGACUGCUACAAAGUCAGAACAUCAGCACUUUAUUGCGGUGGAAAAGUCGCCUUACCUCGCCAGGCUUGGGUGAGUGGCGAGCAGCAGUGAGAGACUCCGCCCUCCCCCCCCUGUUGCCAUAGCAGAGGCUCCGCAUUGGUUGCCACGGUCCCUCCCUCCCUCGCUCGCCGCAGCCAUGCCGCCACCUGCCGACAUCGUGAAGGUGGCCAUCGAGUGGCCGGGGGCCUUCCCCAAGCUCAUGGAGAUUGACCAGAAAAAGCCACUCUCGGCUAUCAUAAAAGAAGUGUGCGAGGGAUGGUCGGUGCAAAGCCAUGAGAACUACGCUCUGCAGAACGCCGACUCCACCAACUUCUACAUCACAGAAAAGAAUCGCAAUGACAUCAAGAAUGGCUCCAUUCUGCGACUGACCAAACUCUGUGAGUAG